AAAUUCAACGUUCAACCAGUGUCCAGUCCCCAGUACAGUCCAAGUUCAUUCAGAAUCCUCAGUCCAAUAUAUCAAGUAGUCAACAAAGCUCUGUAGAUAACAUAGGAGUAGAAGACUUAUCUCCAGUCCAACAUCAGCUAUCCGAGAUCAAUAAUCGAUACAAUCUAUUGGGUGUGAAGUUGUCUGACCGUCACCAUGAGAUUAAAACUUUAAUAGAAGACAUGAAGCGCCAUCUAGAAACUAUGAAAAUUCUGUUGAUAUUUGUUAAGGCAAAAGAAAAACAAUUACCUAAAGAGGUUCUUCCUGAAAACAAGAAUCAAGCUGGGAACUAUCUUGUGGUAUUGAAGACAAUACAGGAAGAAGUCCUUGAUAAACAACCAGAUAUGGAUAGAGUAAAAACCCAAACACAAGAUCUUCUCAAGAAAAGACAAAAUAUACCUGGCUCAGAGGGACUUAGAGACCAGAUAAGUGAACUAUUACUUCGUUGGACAGAACUAAGAAAGUUUGUUAAAGAACAGAUAGAUCUGCUUCAGGGAUAUAAAGAUUUCCAGGAUACUCACGAUAUACUGACUAGCUGGCUGACUCAAAAGGAGAAGAUGUUACAAGUACUUGGGCCGAUUGCUUCCGAGCCACGUAUGGUUACCUCUCAGAUGCAGCAGGUUCAGGUCAUGAGAGAUGAAUUUAAGUGUCAACAACCACUCUUGGAUCGUUUAGACAGCUCAGGUCAAGUAAUAAUUGAGAGUCUUGAUUCAGCCACACCAGCAGAUGCUAAAGUUAGUGACCAGAUGAUGACCAUUCACCGACUCUGGGAUGAUCUACUUAAUAAGUUGUCUGAUCGUGAAAAGAGCUUAGAUGCUGCAUGUGGUGUCACUAAGGAAUUUCAUGACACGUUGACUAAAAUACAGAUGCACCUGCUUGAUAUCAGUGAUAACUUUGAUCAACUAUUUCAAAGCUCUGUUGACAUAGUGGAGUUGUUGAACACACUAAAUGUUUUGGAAGAACAACUGCAGAGCCAGCGACCUCAUCUGGCAGGAGCUGAGAGUGUUUGUGAAGAACUGUGUGAAAUUCUCAGUGACUCAACUUCCACGACAGAGAUCAAAAUUAAGCUGACCACACUUCAGAAACAGUUCAUCAAUCUGACCAAAAAAAUAGACAACAAGAAGGCUGAGCUAGAGUCUUCUCAGAAAGAAGAUCAACAGUUUUAUCUUUCCUGUGAAAACCUCAAAACAUGGCUGGACAAGAUGCAGGACACUUUGUCCAAAACUUUUCACAUUUCUUCAGACCAUCAGACCUUAAUGAAACAAGUGAAGGACUUUGAGCCACAAUACAGAGAAGUCUUGGACAAAGAACAUGAAGUCCACAUUUUGUUAAAUAAGGGAAAUGAUGUAGUGAACAAAAUCAGUCGUAAAACUGAAGCUCUUCAACUGAAGAACAGGCUGGAUACCAUUAAAAUACAGUGGGAUACAAUUCGUAAAGAUGCUACUGAAAGACAAAACAAAUUACAGAGGAGUGCUGACACUAGCUGUCGGUUUCAAUCACACUUAACCAACUUCUUACCUUUGCUAGUGCAGAGUGAAAAGAAACUAGCCACACUUCCACCAAUCAGCUUUCAAAGGAUGGAACUUGAGAAGCAAGUUAAAUAUAUUCAGUCAUUCAAGAAUGAGAUGUCAUGCCAUGGCCAGGAGUUUGAUAACAUUUGUAACACUGGCGAUGUGUUGCUAAGUCAAACUGAUGUACAACAACAAGAUGUUCAGCACAAACUAAAAGAACUAAAACAGAAGUGGGAUAUUGUCAAUCAAGCUGUGUCAGAACGAGCUCAGGCUAUGGACAAAAUUUCUCAGUUAUUGAUCACUUAUCAUGACAGUACCCGAGAUGUACAAUAUACUCUUCAGCGACUGGAAGAUAAGUUGGUUUCACUGGAUGGUCUGAGUGAUGUUGUCCUGUUAGAUAGGUUAAAGGUCCUUCUAGAAGAAUCUAAAGACCUUCACCAACAGCUUGACCAGGUCCAAAAUUCUGCUAAACACUUGAUAUCAAAUGCUAGUCCAGACACAGACACUUCACACAUAUCUAAGGAAGUGAACAAUUUGGAGAAUCACCACAAGAAUUUGGUAGAGACUCUAGGAAAACGAUGCACCAAGUUGCAGUUUGCUGCAAACAUCCUUUCUAGUUUUGUGGACAAAGAAAAGAAGGUCCAGCAAAACAUAAGGUCUUACGAAAAAGAAUUAGAUAACAUGGCUCCUGUUGCUCGAGUGAUCACCACCAUUCAAACUCAGAUUGCAGAAAUUACAGACUUUAUGGAACACUUGAAAACUGUGAAUGAUGAUAUCAAAGACGUUUCUAAACAAGGAGAAGAUCUCAUCCGUCAGGGUUAUACCACAGAUGUAACAUCAUGCAAAGAAAAACUUGACAACCUCAAACAACAGUUUUCUCGUGUUUAUGAACGAACCAAGGUACGGCACACCUUACUGGAAAACACUUUGGCCCAAUUGGAAUGCUUCUACAAAGACUAUAGUAAUACAUUAACUGAACUAGAUAAGGCCAUCAAAGAAGAAAAAAAUUUCAAAAUCAUUAGUGGGGAAGUUGGGACAAUAAAGUUACUUCAGGAAGAAUUUAAGGUUUUCCGCAGAACCCAUAUUGAACCCCUUAGUAGGAAGAUCACGGAGGUGAACAAGAUCGGUCAAGGUAUAGUCCAGUCAGCUAUGCCUGGUGUUGAAACAAUUAAACUAGAGCAAGAUGUGGAAGUCCUGAAUGAGAAGUGGAACAACUUGAAAGAAAGGUUGAAUGAUCGUGAGAGACUACUAGACCUGACCCUACUGCAAUCUGGAAAGUUUCAGGAAGCUCUGGAGGGAGUUCAGAAAUGGCUUCAAGAUACAGAGGAAAUGAUAGCCAAUCAGAAACCUCCAUCUGCAGACUUUAAAGUGGUGAAGGCCCAGCUACAGGAACAGAAGUUCUUAAGGAAGUUGCUUCUCGAUCGACAAAACAGCAUGACUUCACUCAGUGACAUGGGAGCUGAAAUCAUGCAGAACUUGGAGCCUGUUGAGAAGAAACAGAUCAAAGACCAACUCAGUUACUUGACAGAAAGAUUUAACAUACUCAUCACUGAAGCCAGAGAACGUAUGGAGGUUCUUGAAAAGACCAUUCCAGUUGCCCAGGACUUUCAGGACAAACUAAGUUUAUUGAUGGUGUGGCUGGAACGUGUGGAAAAAAAAAUGGCUCUCUUGGAAACCAUCCCAACUGAUCAAGGCAAGAUCCGUGAACAAAUGACAGAACAUAAGGAACUCCACAAGGAUAUCACAAACCAUAAGAUUUUGCUCGAUGAAAUGCACAGUACUGGAGAAACUCUUGUAACCUUGCUUAGUGAAGAGGAGGCUUAUACAAUCCGUGAAAAAUUUGAGCAAACAGAUUAUCAGUAUAACAAGGUAGUUGAGGACAGUAAAAAUGUUGGGAAAAUGCUGAACCAGGCUCUAGAAGGUGUGGGAACCUUUUUAGUUAGCUGUGAGAAGCUAGAGGACUGGUUACAAGAAGUGCACACCAAAUUUACCCGUUUCCAGAUUUUUUCUGUGUAUAUAGAUAAACUCCAGGAACAGAUAGAUGAACUUACUGGGCUUCAUUCAGAAAUUAAAAGUCAUCAGUUGGAAGUGGAAAACCUGAUAGCCUCUUCUCAACAAAUCAUGAAGCACGCUUCAGGAGAUGAUGCUAUUCAAGUAAAAGAUAAGGCAGAUGCUAUCCAAAGCAAAUUUAAUGAUGUGUCCCAAGGUUGCAGUGAGAGACAGAAGCAGGCACUAGAUAUCCUGCCACUCACACAGAAAUUUCACAGCACUCAUGAGCAAUUGGUUUGCUGGAUGGAUGAAACUGAACGAACCCUAAAAACCCUGGAGUCCCUCAGCCUCAUCACGCAGGGGACCACAAUAGAGCAACUAGAGAAAGAGAUCCAUAAGUAUCGACCACUUGUUGAGUCAGUUAGUUUACUGGGGCCACGUCUGUGUCAGAUCUCACCUGGUGAAGGAUCACAUUUACUAGAAACACUCGUUACACGUGACAAUCGUCACUAUGAUGCCAUCUGUGAACAAAUACAACGUAAAGGAGAGAGAAUAAAGUUAUACAAACAAAAGAAUAUGGAGGUUAUGGGAGACAUAGAUGAACUUAUGGAUUGGUUUCAAGGAACUCAGCAACAAGUUCAAGAGGCUGAACUUAUUUAUCCAGACCCUGAAUUACUAAUAGGUUUAUUGAAAGAGCAAAAGAUUAUGAACGAAGAAGUUAGUGGUCAGAAGAGCCGUGUUCGAGACAUUCUUACUACUGCUAAGAAGUUGAUGAGAGAGGUGUCAACAGAGGAUCUAAGCAUCAUCAGAGAAAAGGCUGAAGAGUUACAAGACCUUUCAAGCUGUGUCUACACCAUGUGCAUUGAUCGAAUGAAUGCAUUAGAACAAGCUCUACCAUUGGCUGAACACUUUUUUGAAACACACUCAGAAUUAACCCAGUGGUUGGAUGAAGCAGAAGCUGAAAUGGAACUUCUAGAGACUCCUACUCUAAAUGUUUCUCAAAUUAAACGCCAGCAAGACAAAACUCAGGAACUGCUACAGUCUGUUAAUGAACAUAAACCUCUUGUGGACAAGUUAAACAAAACGUGUACAGCCCUGUCCAAAUUGUGUGGUGAUGAUGAAGGCUCUAAAAUCCGAGAAAUAAAGGGGUCUGAUAAUUCUCGCUACAACAGUCUGCGAGAAAUUAUACGAACAAGACAAAACAAGCUGGAAGAAACUUUACAGGCUACUUCCCAGUUUUCAGACAAGUUAGAUGGUAUGCUACAAGCACUCAACACGACUGUAGACCAACUGGACAAUGCUGAACCCAUCUCUGCCCACACAGAACGUAUAGAAGAGCAGAUAAAAGACAACAAGAACGUUCUUGAGGAUCUGAAUAAACGAUCCACAGCUCUAGAGGCUGUUAAACGUGCUGCUGCUGAUGUCAUUACUAAGGCUGGUAAAGACCAACCUGCUGUCAAAGACAUCAGACAGAAGUUAGAUCAACUCAAUGAUUUGUGGGACAAAAUACAGAAAUCAUCCAAGAACCGUGGCCACUCCUUGGAGGAAGCUCUGACAGUAGCAGAAAAGUUCUGGAAUGAGCUUAAUGCUGUGAUGAAAGCCCUGAAAGAACUGCAAGAAAACCUGAAAGUCCAGGAGCCUCCAGCAAUUGAGCCUAGUGCCAUCCAGGAGCAAAAAGAUGCUCUUCAGGAGAUCAAGCAGGAGAUUGACCAGACAAGACCAGAAGUAGACCAGUGUAGGCAGGCAGGUCAAGACCUGAUGCAAUUGUGUGGAGAGCCAGAUAAGCCCGAGGUCAAGAAACACAUUGAAGAUCUGGACUCAGCCUGGGAGAAUGUCACUACCCUUUAUGCUAAGAGAGAACAGAAUCUAGUAGAUGCCAUGGAAAAAGCAAUGAGUUUCCACUUCACCCUUCAGAACUUUGUAGAAUUCCUUGACAGUGGUGAAGAAAAAUUUGCUGACUUUGGACCAGUGGGGUCUGAUACUGAUGCAGUAAAGUUGCAGAUUGCUCAACUGAAGGAAUUCAAGGUUGAAGUUGAUCCACACAUGGUGGAAAUUGAGGCUUUGAACAGACAAGCUCAAGAACUAGCAAAAAGAACAUCACAUGACCAAGCUUUUGCAAUUUGUGAACCCUUAACUGAGAUUAAUUAUCGCUGGGAUGAGUUGCUGAAAGGCAUUGUAGAACGACAACAAGAGUUAGAAAAUGCACUUUUGAAACUUGGUCAGUUUCAGCAUGCUUUGGAUGAACUCCUGUCCUGGAUGACUAAAACUGAGAGAACUUUAACAAACCUAAAGCCUGUUGCUGGUGACCCUCAAAUUAUUGAGGUGGAGCUAGCCAAACAUAAGGUCCUAGUUAAUGACAUUCAAGCCCACCAGAGCAGUAUAGACACAAUUAAUCGUGUAUGCCAUCAACUAGUUGAUACAGACCAAAGCAGUGAAGAUGCAAGUCUCACUCAAAAGAAGGUGAUGAAUUUGAACACUAGGUGGCAGCAAUUGCAAGACAAAGCUAUUGAACGACAGAAAGAGCUUGAAGCUGCACUAAAAGAGGCUGUCAUCUUUAACCAGGAGAUUCAGGACCUUCUGCUUUGGCUCAGUGAUGUAGACAGCCAGUUAGCUACUUCAAAACCAGUUGGUGGUUUGCCAGAAACUGCUAGAGAGCAACUGAAUCGUUUCAUGGAGUUGUACAAUGAACUGGACUCAAACCGUCACAAAGUGGAAACAGUCUUGCAGCAAGGACAAGAUUACCUAAAAAGAUCUAAUGAAGAGGCAACUUCGAACCUACAGCAUAAUCUUAAAACACUGAAGCAACGUUGGGACAAUGUCCUCAACAAAGCGAAUGACAGAAAGAUUAAGCUGGAGAUAGCUUUACGAGAAGCCACACAGUUCCAUGAGGCACUUCAGGAGUUUGUAGACUGGUUAACAAAUUCUGAGAAGUACCUGACAACCAUGAAGCCUGUUAGCCGAGUGAUGGAAACUGUUGUGGAACAGAUCAGAGAUCAUAAGAGUUUUCAGAAAGAUCUGGGGGCUCACAGAGAGGUAAUGUUGAACCUGGACAAGAAAGGUACUCACCUGAAGUACUUCAGCCAGAAACAAGAUGUUCUCUUGAUCAAAAACCUGCUUAUCAGUGUGCAGCAUCGCUGGGAGCGAGUCGUCUCCAAAGCUGCUGAAAGAACCAGAAUGUUGGACCACGGAUAUAAGGAAGCUAAAGAGUUUGAUGAUGCAUGGAGUGAGUUAAUUUCCUGGUUGGAUGAGGCUGAGGUAACACUGAACAGCCUUACUCACAUUGGUAAAGACCCAGACAAAGUCAAACACCUACUGAAUAAACAUAAGGAAUUCCAGCGAGCUCUUGGAGCUAAGCAGUCUAAAUACGACACCACCAUGAAAAUUGGUCGUAUUUUGAAAGAUCGUUGCACCAAAACAGACAUUCCUGGUCUGCAGAAAAUGAUGGAUGAGUUGAAAAAUAAGUGGAAUGCAGUGUGUAACAAGUCAGUUGAUAGACAAAGGCAGCUGGAAGAAGCUCUCCUUUACUCUGGUCAGUUUAAAGAUGCUGUUAUGGCCUUGCUUGAGUGGUUGGAACGAGCAAAAGCAAUGUUAGCCAUCGAACAGCCAAUUCAUGGUGAUCUGGACACAGUUACAUCACUUGUUGACCAACACAAGAUCUUCCAAGAUGAGCUCCGGAACAGAGCCAACAACUUGAAAUCUGUUCGUAGAACAGCUAGUGAGCUUUUACAGACUGCAACUCCUGAAGAAGUAAAACACAUUCAAAGCCAGGUGAAUCAGCUGAAUGAAAAAUGGGAAGAACUAAUUAGACUAAGUGAUGAUAAAGAGCAAAUGUUAAAAGGAGCCCUUAAAAAGGCUGAGCAGCUCCACAAGAUGGUUCACAUUCUCCUUGAAUGGUUGUCAGAUGCAGAAAGGAAAUUGCGAUUCACAGGACCAUUGCCAGAUGAUGAGGAAACGACACGUCAACAGAUUAAUGAGCACCAAAAUUUCUUAGAGCAGCUCAAAGUACAAGAAGGAAACAAAGACAAAACUUUAGCACUAGCUCAAGAAACACUACAGCAAUGUCAUCCUGAUGGAAUUACUAUCAUCCGCCAUUGGAUUACAAUCAUCCAGUCCCGCUGGGAUGAGAUAUCUGUGUGGGCAAGGCAACGAGAGCAGAAACUGAGAGACCACUUACAAUCACUGCGAGACAUUACAGAACUGCUAGAGGAACUAAUGAAAUGGUUGCUUGAAGCUGAAGCUACUCUGACCAUUCUAGAAGCUGAGCCCUUGCCUGAUGAAGUGCCACUCUUGAAACAGUUAAUCACUGAUCAUCAGGAUUUCAUGGCAGAUCUGACUAAACGUCAGCCAGAAAUUGACAGGGUCACAAAAGCUUUCUCUAGCAAGAGACAACCAUCUAAACAAUAUCACCGUCCAUCACAUCGUGUUAAAACUGGGAAACACGAUAAUCGAAGACCAAGUCGUGGGAUUGGGGCAGCUGCUCCAAAAACAUCAACAACUUUUAAAACUUAUUCUGAGCCAGAAAUAAAAAAUCCCCGGGUACGGGAUCUGUUAGACAAGUGGAGAAAUGUCUGGUUACUAGCAAUGGAACGUCAACGCCGAUUACAAGAUAAGCUCAAUUAUCUAAUAGAGCUUGAGAGGAUUAAAAACUUCAACUUUGAUGAAUGGAGACGAAGAUUCCUUGGAUGGUUGAACAACAAAAGGUCUCGAAUCAUGGACGUAUUCAAAAAAAUUGACAAGAAUAAUGAUGGAAGAGUCACAAAAGCAGAAUUUAUCAACGGCAUCUUGAAAUCAAAAUUCUCAACAAGUCGCAUGGAGAUGGAACGUGUUGCUGACAUUUUUGAUCGAAAUGGAGAUGAAUUUAUUGACAACAGAGAGUAUAUCGAAACCCUUAGGCCAGACAGAGAGGGACGUCCAAAAACAGAUGCAGAAAAGAUCCAAGAUGAGGUUCAGAAGCAGGUUGCAAAGUGCUCUUGUCCUCAAAAGUUUAAAGUGUUCCAGGUUGGCGAGGGCAAAUACCGAUUUGGAGAAUCACAGAAGCUGUGCCUUGUGCGUAUCUUGCGCAGUACUGUGAUGGUACGGGUAGGAGGUGGUUGGAUGGCACUUGAUGAAUUUCUUGUGAAAAAUGACCCAUGCCGAGCAAAGAGACGCACAAAUCUUGAGUUACGGGAACAGUUUACUCUCGCCAAGGGGGUCAGCCAAUCCAUGUCUCCAUUCAGACCCAAGCCCAGCUCUAAUGCCUCACAGUCCUCACGUAGUGAAUCAUCCUUUGGCCACACAGGCUCAAUCCCAUCCAAAGGGCCCAUCAUGAAGGUUCGAGAAAAAAGUCAGCGAAGUGCUCCUCUACAUCAACGUCGUGCCUCAGGCAUUGCAGAUACCAGUAGUGAAAGUGCUCCCAGUUUUAGCGAGGCUGACAACUUUGGUUCUAGUUGUGGGCGACCAUUGUUAACAUCUCCAGUUCACCAAGGCUCUCCAACAGGUACUAAGACAUCAAGUCGUCCCACCAGCAGAAGUGGAAGCCAACCUUCCAGUAGAACACCAAGCCGAGCAGGUAGUGAUCUUUCUACAGAUAGCGUGGAAGCCUAUCGAAGUGCUCGCAAGACGUCAAGAGGAAAUACAAAGAUUCCAUCAAGUACUGGCAGGCACCGAACACCUAGUGGCUCUUCUCAAACAUCAGCCACUAAGAGUGCUAGCUCCACAUCAGGUACCAGAAUCCCUACUGCCAGGAAAACAUCUUCACCAUCAACAGGACAAACCGAUAAAGUGAAAGGUCGAGGGAGGCAGAAGUAAUCUCUUAACAAAUGUUCCAAUAAAAACCUGAAUUGUUAUCCAGAAGUAGUUAAUUAACAAAUUUUGAAAUACUCUUGCUCAAACUAAGACCUAGCAUUAGUGGGAAAAAAGGGUCAUCUUUUUCCAUCUCUUACUUUCAAACUAACUCCAAAAAGAGUAUUAACGUGACAAACUCUUUACACAGACUAACAUAAAUGAGGCAGGUAGCACAGUUAUAACUAGUUUCUCUUUCUGGUAGUUACAAUGUACUUAAAAAACUAGUCCAAUGUUUUAAACAAUAAAAACUUGUUAGGGUGAAAGGCUAAUUUUAUAGUUUUGAAUAAAUUAUUUUUCAUAGCUGUAAGAAGUUCAAGGAAGUAUUCCAAGAUUACACUCCUGACAUUCCAUUUAAAAAACUAUGAUUUGGGAAUAGAGGAGCAGUAGAAUUUUUCCCUGAACUUUAUGCAGAGAAUCUCAACUAAAGUUAGCUUUAAGAUUCACAGAAAGUGAUUAUAAUACCAAGAAUAGGAAGUUCUUUAGAAUUGUAAUUUCUUCUUCGAUGGAUGCAGGUGGGGUGAUGAUUUUAUUAAGCAUUACUUUAUACAUAAUGGGGAUAUAGCUUGGAAUAUGGCAAAGAUCAAAUAUUGUUUUCAGUGCCAAUCAUCAAUCAGUUUUAUUGUGUUAAAAAAAUCAAUGUUUAAGUAAGUUGGUCUUUAGUAGAUUUGUGGUAGCUAUUUGGUUUUAUAAUUGCUUGCUUUACCCCAGUAAUGUUAUUAUAUAACAACAAUUAUACAGUAUGCCUAAAGAUUAGGUGUUCUUUUAAAUAAUGGAGAUUAUACAUUCCUUGUACAACCAGGGUUUAGGAUGGUUGGACUCAGCCUAGGUAAAAAUACACUAAUUAAUGUAAAACUACUGCUUUUUAUGUAAUUCAAUAAACAGAUAUAAUACUAA